AUGGAAGUUUAUCAACAGAUAGCCGAGAAGGGGAUCUUGUCGAAACCCCGACUGCUGAAGGAGCGAACAGGGGAGAACCGGAGCCUCUACUGUAACUACCACAAGGGCUAUGGGCACAAGACUCAGGACUGUUUUGACUUGAAGGAUGCGCUGGAGCAGGCAAUUAGAGAUGGAAAGCUAGCCGAGUUCUCCCACCUCAUUAGGGAGCCGAGGAGGCGGAACCGCGACCACGAGAGCGAGGAUGGGACAUGGGCAGCAAAGUGGCAUCAGGAGCCGGAAGAGAACGACCACGGCCUCACCAAAGUAAAUGUGGUAACCGCAAGAAACGCGGCACCCAGGUCAAAAUCGGCACAUAAGAAGGACGCCAAGGUCCUCGCGGUUUCCUCAUCCCCUGCGCGAAGCACCAAGAAACUCCCAUCCAUCUCAUUCGUCCCGGAGGACCAAUGGUUUGACGAGGUUGGGGAAAGCCCUCCCAUGGUCAUAACGCCCAUAGUAGGAACCGGUCUCGUCAAGCGGAUCCUUGUAGACACGGGGGCAGACUCGAACAUUAUGUUCCGCAAUGUGUUCGACGCUUUAGGUCUAAGAGACGCCGACCUACAGACUCACCAGCACGGCGUCAUAGGGCUCGACGACCACUUCAUCAAGCCGGACGGGAUAAUCUCCUUGCCGACCUCCGUGGGACAAGGUCAGAAGAGAAGAACAGUGAUGGCCGAGUUCGUGAUCCUACGAGACUCCACCGCCUACAACAUCAUCCUAGGGAGGAAGACCCUCAACAACCUAGGGGCAGUCAUCAGCACUAGGAUGUUGGUAAUGAAGUUCAUAGUUGAGAAUGGGUCGGUAGGGUCCGUAAAAGGAGAUCUGGAAACGGCAGUCGCCUGCGACAACGCUAGCCUCUCUUUAAGGAAAAAAUCUAAAGAGGCCUUGGGGGUGUUUCUCGCCAACCUGGAUGCCAGAGUUGACGACAAGCCCAGACCCGAACCAGAAGGGGACCUGGAAAAGUUCAAGGUCGGGAAUACGGAGGAAAAGUUCACGUUCGUGAACAGAAACCUCCCCCAUGAGUUAAAAGAGACUUUGAUGAAAUGA